AUGUCAUUUGAACGUCCAAGCGUGUACUCAGCGCCAGUCUUGCAAGGUGAAAGUCCAAGUGAUGACUCUUUCAACCAGAUUACCAAAGCGUUUCGUAAAUUUAUAUUAGAAUUUAGGUUAGAUUCACAAUUCAUUUACAGAGAUCAAUUACGUGAAAACUUGUUGAUCAACAACUACUUUCUCAAAGUGGAUAGUGAACACCUUAUUGGAUUUAAUGAAGAGUUGAACAAAAAAUUAACGGAUGACCCGUCUGAAAUGAUUCCACUUUUUGAGGUUGCCAUAACUGAUAUUGCUAAGAGAAUAGCCUACUUGUCAAAAGAUGAAAUUCCAACCAAUUUUCCAACUUGCCAAUUAAUCUUGUAUUCACAAGCCAACAAAGUCUCAAUAAGACACUUGGACUCUGAACACAUUUCUAAAAUUGUUAGAGUGAGUGGUAUCGUUAUUUCUGCCUCCGUUUUGUCAUCAAGAGCUACUGAAGUGCAAUUGAUUUGUCGUCAAUGUAAGCACACCAUGCAGUUGAAGGUCAAGUCUGGUUUUGGUCCUAUCCAGUUGCCUAAAUGCCAGAGCCCUCACAAUAUAGACCCCAAUUCAACUCAAGAAAAAUGCCCCCAGGAUUCAUAUGUUAUCGACCACGAUAAAUCUCAUUUUGUUGAUCAACAAGUACUAAAGUUACAAGAAUGUCCCGACAUGGUUCCUGUAGGUGAAAUGCCGCGUCACAUUUUGUUGCAAAGUGAUAGGUACUUGACUAAUCAGGUUGUACCAGGUACAAGAGUAACUGUUGUUGGUAUAUACUCAAUUUUUCAAUCCAAACAAAGAGCAGGUAAUAGCAGCGCUAGCAAUGUUGCCAUACGUAAUCCUUAUUUGAAAGUCCUCGGAAUCCAAACAGAUAUUGACAAUGGUGCUAAUGGGCAAGGUAUCACCUUUAGUGAAGAAGAGGAAGAAGAGUUUUUAAAAUUGUCAAGAAUGUCAAACUUGUACGAGGUAUUUGCCAAUUCGAUUGCCCCUUCAAUUUACGGGAACCUGGAUAUCAAAAAGGCAAUCACGUGUCUCUUGAUGGGUGGGUCCAAAAAGAUUCUUCCAGAUGGAAUGAGGUUGAGAGGAGAUAUCAAUGUCUUGUUGUUGGGUGAUCCGGGUACAGCUAAAUCUCAAUUGUUGAAAUUUGUUGAAAAAAUUGCCCCCAUUUCGGUGUAUACCUCCGGUAAAGGUUCAUCUGCCGCUGGUUUAACUGCUUCUGUGCAAAGGGAUCCUCAAACUAGGGAUUUCUACUUGGAAGGAGGUGCUAUGGUGUUGGCUGAUGGUGGGGUUGUGUGUAUCGAUGAGUUUGAUAAAAUGAGAGAUGAAGAUAGAGUGGCCAUUCACGAAGCCAUGGAACAGCAAACGAUUUCUAUUGCCAAGGCUGGUAUUACAACAAUCUUGAACUCUCGAACAUCAGUCUUGGCUGCCGCUAAUCCAGUAUUUGGAAGAUAUGACGAAUUCAAAUCACCUGGAGAAAACAUUGAUUUUCAAACGACCAUCUUGUCGAGAUUUGAUAUGAUCUUCAUUGUCAAAGACGAUCACAACGAGAGUAGAGAUCUUUCCAUAGCUCAUCAUGUUAUGGAUGUUCAUGCUGGUGGCAAAACACAAGAAUUGCAACAAGAAGGUGAGAUUCCAGUGGAGACAAUGAAGAGGUAUAUUCAAUACGUCAAAUUGAGGUGUGCGCCACGUUUAACCGCUGAAGCUUCCGAGAGGUUAUCGUCUCACUUUGUAUCCAUCAGAAGAAGAUUACAAAUCAAUGAAAAAGAAAUGAAUGAAAGAUCGUCAAUUCCUAUCACCGUUCGUCAAUUGGAAGCUAUCAUUCGUAUAACAGAAUCCUUGGCCAAAUUGAGAUUGAGUCCAGUAGCCACUGAAGAACACGUUGAAGAAGCUAUUAGGUUGUUUACUGCGUCUACUAUGGAUGCUGUUGAUCAAGGCUUUGGAAACAGCGCUGAUGCUAAUUUGAAUGCCGAAAUCAAAAAGGUCGAGCAAGAAUUGAGAAGAAGGUUACCGAUUGGAUGGUCUACUGCUUAUAGAACUUUGAGAAAGGAGUUUGUCGAUUCAGGUAAAGCUAGCAGCUCGGCAUUGGAAAAGGCUUUGUAUAUUAUGGAGAGACAUGAAGUUAUCAAGUUUAGACACCAAGGUCAAAAUAUACUCAGAGUCGGUGUUUAG